AAAAUUAUUGGUUUUGUUCUAUCUUAGUAUGUGACAUUGCUAGGAAGAGCAGGUGAAAUAUUCAUUUACCUAAAGUUAUUCUUAGCACCUUCAAACCUGUGCAUCCUACCAUGCUGCAACACAGUGUCUUAUUGCCAGUGUGUUUGCUGUUCUGUGCUCAGUGUUUUUGGAGCUUCAUGGUGAAACCCCAGAAGGUCAUGCUACUGGAGAAAGCUUUGCAGCAGGAGACGCAGAGUUUGCAGCAGCUGGGACUGGUCAACCGCAUAAAAAAAAAGUGAUGUCUCAAGAAGAAUUCCAACGCCAAGUUUUGACCCAGUUGGCUGGGCUUCGUGUGGUGCAGCAGCAGCAGGGGCAACUCCUGGGGGAUUUAGUAACAAGGUUUGCAAGGCGCGACAUGGAGGCUCAGGCCAACAGUGAACCACUAGUUGCGAUGCCGUUUGACGACUACGGGACCCUGAAACAGUUCGAUUGUACUCUGACUGGCACGCGAAAAGAAGUAUUUAUUCGAGAACUUGCUGUCAAAGGCGGCGCAAACCCGGCCGCAUGCACGAAAAGGAUGCUACGGUACGUUAUGACUGAUCAUCUGGCGUGCCAGUUCUCGUGGCAAGGGAGGAAGGGGAAGCUCAGCUUCUGUCAGAUGCAGUUGCCGUCGUGCAUAACUUGUGCUGUCCAGACUGCACACGAGGCUAGCGAUUUCACGGUGGAGAUGGCCAUCCGAGAGUGGCUGCGGCAUGCUCCUGCCAGACAACACAACGCGAUUGCUAAGCAACACGUGAACACACGCGAGCGGAUAGCCGGAGCGUCCCGGGCUCGUGGCUAG